AUGCCGUCGCGGUUCCUACGUAACCCCUCCCUCACUCCAGCCGCGGGCCAUCCCUAUCCUUCUCUGGUGCCCUUCCAUGCGAAUGACGAGCGAAGCGCACCUGCUGAGAUUGUCCACAAUGCACCCGACCUGUCCGCCAUGACUGGACUCACAGCUACUUCGCCCCCAACCCGGCGCGGCCAUUCCCGGUCCAUCAGCCACCCAUUCCCCUCGCCCUUCACGGCCGCCGGGGGCAAACGGCGACCCUCGAUUUCGAAGAAGAAGCCCAGUCGGCCGGCGCUGGACUCAGAUGAUGACGACUUCUUAGGCUACAUGCCGGACCCAGCCUCAUCCUCCCCGCGCAAUCGACCCCCGCAGCACGGCGCGAUGGCCGCCGGCAAGUGCAUGGCCUGCAACUGCACUGUGCGCUGGCCCCGCGAUCUCAAGGUGUUUCGGUGCACGGAAUGCUUGACGGUCAAUGAUUUGGAGCCGUACUUGGCAACCGCCAAAGCGGGCGGCCAUGGCAAUGCGGGUGUCGAUGGGAAGUCGCGCACACCCAUGGUUCCACGGAAAGCGUUACCACUGUCUCUAGAGCGAACGAAGGGGCUCCUCGACGACUGCAUCACGGAAUACCUUCGGCAAGUUUUACACGGAACCGGACCGCGAGCCACACUCUCAGGUGGCCAACCCGAUAAGCCCCAGCAUAUCGCGCAGGAUGAGAAUUUGGUUCACACUCCUGGCCCGACCGGUGAUUACUUGUGUGAUCCUAGGGCGACCGUCGACUCGCGCGGCCGUGGCUACUCGGCCUCGAGAUCCGGGAAGUUGGAUGGUCCGCCAAACUUCUCCAAGCCUAAUCUCAGCCCGUACUCCUCCCAGGGAGAAGGGAAGAGCUCUCCAAUGAAGAGUCGAGAUGCUCAAAGCAGAGAUACUCAAACCAUGCCCCGGCAGGAUCGCUCGCCUCGAGAUGCUGGUCAAGGGAAUCUGUCAGACACUAAAGAACUGUCGCGCCGCCCGCAUAUUUUUUGGCUGGUGGAAGACUACAUAAUAAAUUCAUUCAAGGGCUGUGAUUGCUUAAAUAGCUCGUUCACCACCGUACAGGCCGCGCCACGAAGUACCGAGAAUAGCACUCCUCCCGAGCAGAAAGAGGACAAGAGUACUAGCGCGGUGGCAGCAUCCGCGGAACAUGUAUUUGAACCUGAUGCCAAGCUUCUCCUCCUGGGCGACAUAGCAGAGAACUCGUCCUGGUGGAUGAACGAGGUGGACCCUACCGUGCAAUCCCAUUCCAGGGACCAUCGGGAGAAAUCCCCAGGGUCUCGAGCCGUCUCCUCUCGCAGCCCACGUAUUGACUGGGCAGUGCUCGCCCGAUGGUACCACUUGAUCAUGACGGCCGGCACCUCCUGGGUUGAGUUGUGGUCAACAAUGAAGCCAGCAGAGCUACGGACCGACGAGGACAUUAUGACUGCUCAGCGGUGGGAUUCCACGGAUUUGGCCAUGGUCGAAAAGGAGGUGGUCGAGUCGCGCUUGCAUCUGCAACGAACAUUGCUCAAAGCGACGGAAAACCUCCUUAAACGGCCGCGACGGCCACUCAAGAAGCCGGAAGACAUCAGGUUUCUCCUGAUGCUCCUGGCCAACCCAUUGCUCAACCCCUCGAACACAUCACUGGCGUCUUAUACCCUGGCUCCGUCCGCUCCCCGUGGUGAUAGACGACCCUCUCAUCCCAUUCUUGGCAACUCAAGACCAGCGCCUCGAGAUAUUAAACCACUCAGUCGAAUACGAAGCGGAGGACCCGGUCACCACGCGGGUAUUGUCAAACGGAUCAUGGGUCUGCUCGCCAAUUUGCCGAAUGACUGUCACCAUUACUUGGUUUCUUGGUUCUCACGCUAUUCCACCGGACAGUUUGAGAAGAUUGUUGAGAUUGUGGGCAGCUUCGUGACGUAUCGUCUGAUGCGGCAGCAUGGGCGGAAACGCAGUGAGACGGCGCAACCCGAGGAUAGUCUGAUACCUAGCUUCUCUAGCGCGGCUGGGAAUACACCCGCCGAGUUGCAUGCUGCCAUCAAUGGCCGGAGCCCGAACAAGUCGGCCAAGGACGAUGGGGAGCAGCCUGUGGUCUACACCGACGACUGGCAGAUUCGAGCUGCUGCCCGGGUGAUGUCGCUGCUCUUUACGGCCAACAACGCCACUGUUUCCCGCAAGCCUGAUGGACUUGGGAGUACGAGCCGGCCGCAGAGUGAUCGACGAGGCCAUAUGGUACCGAUUAGCUCCUUUUACAACACCUUGCUCGACUAUUCCGAUCUUGUGGCGGACUUUGAGGCCUGGGAGUCCAAGUCGAGCAAGUUUUCGUUUUGUCAAUAUCCGUUCUUUCUGAGUAUCUGGGCCAAGAUCCAUAUUCUGGAGCAUGACGCUCGUCGACAGAUGGAGGUCAAGGCGCGGGAGGCGUUCUUCAACAGCAUCUUGAGCCGGAAGGCGAUCAGCCAGUAUCUUGUCUUCAAGGUUCGGCGCGACUGUUUGGUGGAGGACAGCCUUCGCAGAGUCAGUGAGGUGGUUGGGUCCAGCCACGAGGAAAUCAAGAAGGGGCUGCGGAUCGAGUUUGUGGGCGAAGAGGGAGUGGACGCGGGUGGACUGCGGAAGGAGUGGUUCUUGCUGCUUGUCCGAGAAGUCUUCGAUCCCCAUCAUGGAUUGUUUGUCUACGACGAAGACUCGCGCUAUUGCUACUUCAACCCAUACUGCUUCGAGUCGUCGGAGCAGUUCUUCUUGGUUGGGGUUUUGUUAGGCCUCGCCAUCUAUAACUCGACGAUUCUAGAUAUUGCGCUGCCCCCUUUCGCCUUUAAGAAGCUUUUAGCUGCAGCCCCGCAGUGGUCCACCAGUCGAUCCGUGUACAAGGCCACGCUGGAGGAUUUGGCGGAGUUCCGACCCGCCCUUGCGAAAGGCCUGCGGGCAUUGCUUGAGUUCGAGGGGGAUGUUACCGAGACCUUCUGCUAUGACUUCGUCGCGCAGGUGGAUCGGUAUGGCGAGGCGGUAUCCGUACCUCUGUGCGCUGGAGGUGAGGAUCGGCCCGUGACGAACGCCAACCGGCGGGAGUUUGUGGAUCUGUACGUGCAGUACCUGCUGGACACGGCAGUCACGCGACAGUUUGAGCCCUUCAAGCGGGGAUUUUUCACCGUGUGCGGCGGCAACGCCCUGUCUCUGUUCCGGCCGGAGGAGAUUGAGCUGCUGGUGCGCGGCUCGGAUGAAGCGUUGGAUGUGGCAUCACUACGGGCCGUGGCUACGUAUGAAAACUGGUCCGUACCGCGGCCGGAAGCGGUGCCGGUGGUGCGCUGGUUUUGGGAGAUCUUUGGGCAGGCAGCUCCGCAAUCCCAGCGCAAGAUCCUGUCGUUCAUCACGGGCAGCGAUCGGAUUCCGGCGAUGGGGGCGACGAGUCUGUCGAUCCGGCUGGCGUGUCUGGGAGACGACACGUCACGAUUCCCGACGGCGCGAACGUGUUUCAACCAGUUGGGUCUGUAUCGGUAUGAGACCCGGGACAAGCUGGAGCGGGUGCUUUGGGAUGCGGUAUUGAACAGUGAGGGAUUUGGAUUGAAGUAG